UUCAAGUUGGAUUUGCUCAGUAGCACAACUAAUACUAAAAUGGAUUAUAUACAGAUGAUCAGCCUGAUUGUGCUUGUGGCAUACUUGGCACCUACCACUACACAGCAGAGUUUGGAUCAUGGGCAUGGGCAUGGAGCUGUAGGAUAUGGACAUGGCGGUUUCAGUGGCCUAGGUCAUAGUGGACAUGGCAGCUUCGGUGGACAUGGCAGCUUCGGUGGACAUAGCACCUUCGGUGGUCAUGGACAAGGAUUUGGUGGUCAUGGACAUGGAUUUGGUGGUCAUGGACAUGGAUUUGGUGGCCAUGGCAAUCUUGGACAUGUAGGAUAUGGAGGUCAUGGACAUGACGUGGAUUACCAUGCGAAAGCGCAGUACAAAUUCGACUACUCAGUGCACGACCCUCACUCAGGUGACGUGAAGAGCCAAUGGGAGCAGAGGGACGGCGACAAAGUGCAUGGAGGCUACGCCGUGAAGGAGGCUGACGGCUCGGUGCGACACGUCGAGUACACAGCUGACAAGCACAACGGAUUCAACGCGGUCGUCAAGAAGGGAAAAGGUCAUCACUGGCAUGUCUAUGGUGACAAGGGUCAUGAGCAUGACAGCAGCAAGGGAGCCGAUGCGGAUCUCAACUACUGAAUGCGAAUCAUCUAGAAACUGUGAUUUUAUGGAACUUUUACUGGAACCUUCUCUAAUUGUGUCAUGAGCAUUGCAGCAAGGCGGAUGCUGAUCUCAAUUACUGAAUCUGGAUCAUCUAGGAACAGUGGUGUUAAGGAACUUUUAUUGGAACCCUCUCCAACGUUUAUGUCGGUUUAUGCAUGAAAGAAAGAAACAGAAUACUUGGCUACAUAAUUUCAUGGGUUCCAAGUGUCGUAAUAUUUUCUACUAGAACCGUGGUUGGAGACUAAUUUGAAUUCGCAAAUGUUUAUUUGCCAAGUAAUCUGCUGAAAAAUGGAGAUUCAGCUCACUUAUUUUGCUUUGAAAAUCAUCUAUGUCUUGUAUACUAGGUAAAUUAGGAAGGAAAUACCCUUCAAUGAUGAAAGGAGAAUAAAAGAUCUCAAAAUUUCAUUUUAUCUCAUCGUACGUAUAUGUAUGUGUCACUGUGUUACCAAUAUAAUGUUUCUGUUGAUUUUCACCUGCUAAAACACACAGUACUGACUAGACAAGAAAAUAAGGUUUAACAAUCAAUAUGAUUUUGAAAUUCAGAGAGCUGUUCUGAUUAAUAAUCUUGACUUCCAAGAACAUUGUUUAAGAGCUUAAUAUUUUGAUGUGUUGAUUUUGUUAUUAUAAUUGAUGAAUUAGUAGAUAAUGCUAUACGGAAAUAAAAUUUUUAUUUUUCUACAAAAAAAAUAAA